AUUAUGAUUCAUACUGUUCUCAUGUGAACACAUACUUUGAUCCUAAUAGGCUUGCUCACCAUAAAAGCACGCACACUUGGGAAGCACUGCUGACUUGAGCACCCCUCACCACUCCAGAGAAGCAGGACACAACAGUGAUCAAGAGAAAUGCUUUAAGAAAACUAAUUGGGAUGUAAAGGAGCUAGUUCUUCACUGAGCACUGCAGAACUCCAGUGAGUCAACACAGUGAAGGGUCAAUAUAUUCGGCAUUACAAGUAACUGAAAAAAAAAAAAAAAAAAAAAAAGGAACAACAACACUCACCCACAAAUCAGCACAGAUCACAGGAGUAAAACAUUAACUGGAAUACAAACAAAAAACAGCACAGCUCAGCAAAUACAUCCAAUCACAACCUGUGAAAGCAUAUUCAAGCUAGAGCCUGCAGUAGGAGACAGUUUUGCAGUCAGUGCUCUGUCCACAGGACAAUGACGCUGCGGCUUUGCUAUCCACUUGCUGCCGGGAUUUUUAUCCUCCUCGUUCCUGGCCUCUCUGAAGGAGGGAAACUCCUGGUGGUGCCCAUGUUUGGAAGCCACUGGCUAAGCCUGAGGGAAGUAGCUCAUGAGGUUGCUAAGAGAGGACAUGAAGUGGUGGUGCUUAAACCAGAAGUAAGCUGGAAUAUGGAUGACAAACGGGGACACGCAUAUACUGUGAAAAUAUACCCAGUGUCCACCAAGUUAGAAGAUCUGGAUAAUAACUUUAAAGUGUAUCUUCAAGCUCACCUCAAGAGUAUGCCUUUCCCAAAACAUGCUAUAGUACUCUUGAACAUGUUCGCACGACUUAUUGGAACCUUUUAUACUCAGUGCGAGGAACUGUUCAACAGCACGGAAACACUGCAGUACUUGAAUCAAAGCAACUUCGACGCAGUCAUCACAGAUCCCUUUUUUAUGUGUGGAGCAACAGUUGCUAAUUACAUUUCGCUUCCAUUCGUGUUCUUCAUGAGAGGAAUGCCUUGCAAUCUACACUUUGAUGCAGCACAGUGCUCAAGCCCUCUGUCGUACGUCCCCAGAACACUUUCAUUCAAUUCAGACCACAUGACAUUUUUCCAGAGAGUAGAGAAUACACUGAUUUCUGUUUUGGAGCGCUUUUACUGUAAUGUCCUCUAUCAAGAUGCACUACAGUUUUCCUCUAAAAUUCUUCAAAGAGACGUAACCCUGCUGGACCUCCUGAACUCUGCUUCUAUUUCAAUAAUGAGAUUUGACUUUGUGUUUGAGUAUCCCAGACCAGUGAUGCCCAAUAUGGUCUUUGUUGGAGGUAUAAACUGUGCUGAGAAGAAACCACUGCCUAAGGUAUGUUCAUUUUCUCAAAUUACACAUUUCCCAAAGCAAUGCAAUUUCAUGGCUUAGGGAUGGUUAGCGUACUUGAUAUUAUUUUUCUUUCCAAAAUAUU